UCAUAAAGUUUGAUGUCCUGCCCAAAGUUUAGACCCGACUGGAGCGAAACUUUUUUUUUUUCUCGAAAGUGAGCCGCUGAGAUUUGUCCUGCUUGUUUCUCCUUCGUGGAGAAUAAACCCGCGGACACCUCUCGUGAGGGGGAAACAACGCAGUGGGACUCUUUGCGCGUUUGUUGUGUUAUUUUUUUUUCGUCUUUUGUGGGGCUGCGUCUGCGGGGCUUUUUGUGUGUGUGUGUGUGUCGUUUUUUGGGGAAAAAAGCUGGGACGACAACACAUCCGAUUCCAGUGUGGAAUUGUAGAUAUGCGCUUUGUUACACGCACAACUAUGCCAGCAAGAACCCCCAGGGAAACGCUGUGUGUGACUGCAGACUUCGACAGCUAACACACCGCGGGACAGACCCACAGUCCUCGGCUGAGCAACUUGUAGAAUGACUUCGGAUCACUUUUGCUGAGAGCCGUCGAGAGUGAUCCACAUUUCCCUCCUGCGCUGAAACACACAAAAACAACAAACGGACGGGGAAAAAAAGUUUUGGGGAAUUGGCCCAAAACUUUUUAUUUUUGUGCGCCCCCCCACCCUGAACGCGUCUGUUUCGGAUUUUUACGCACAGAAGUGAAAGUUCGCCGAGUGUUUUGGCACAAUGGAUCCCGGACAGCACCAACCUCCUGCUGGACACCAGAUCGUCCAUGUCCGCGGGGACUCCCAGACCGACCUGGAGACGCUGUUCAGCGCCGUGAUGAACCCGAAAGGAACCAUCAUACCCCAGUCCGUGCCCAUGCGGAUGAGGAAGCUGCCCGACUCCUUCUUCAAACCUCCAGAACCAAAGUCCCAUUCCAGACAAGCCAGUACCGACGCUGGGAGUGGUGUGGCCCUCACCCCCCACCAUGUCCGCGCACACUCGUCCCCGGCCUCCCUGCAGUUGGGAGCCAUUUCCGGCGGCUCCCUGGUCGGCAUGGCCCCGGCCGGCUCCCCGGGACACCUCCGUCAGUCCUCGUACGAGAUCCCUGACGACGUGUCCCUUCCCCACGGCUGGGAGAUGGCGAAGACCAGCUCGGGCCAGAGAUACUUCCUCAAUCACAUCGAUCAGACCACCAUGCAGGAUCCUCGCAAGGCGCUGCUCCAGAUGAACCAGGUCGCUGCUCCGCCCAACUCCCUGCCGGUCCAGCAA